GAAGCAGCGACCAACAACAUCCUCGUUUAUCACUUAAAUAAACCACAGAUCAUGGACGGCGGUGAUGAGCUGAACGAGUUGCGGCUUCAGUUCCAAACACUGCAGAAACAGCAGGAGAAAAGAAAGCUGCACAGGAAGAUGGAGAAAGAACCAGAGAAGCUUAAUAUCAAGGUUUCACAGGAGGAUUCAGAUGUGCUCAAACAAGACAUUCAGUUAGACAACCUGCCUGCAGACGACAAACUUGUGCAGGAUGACAAGCAGAAGUUUCUUGAUCAGCUGCGAGAGCUCAAAGAUGAAAAUGGUCGUCUCUUCAAACUUCUCGGAGAAAGGGAUUUUGAAAUUAAACACCUGAAGAGGAAAAGAGAAGAAGAACGACUGGUCUUUGCAGGCACCUCCGGCUUGGCUGGGGACGUAGCAGCCACCAGGAUUGUUGAACUGUCCAAGAAGAACAGAGAGCUGAGCGCUGAGGUCGAGCGAGAGAAGACCAAGUCCAAGCAAAACAGCAACAGAAUCAAAGAGCUUGAGAAAGAGCUGCAGUCUGCGUUGGUGCGCUCUCCUCCUGGGCAAAACACAGACACAAAAUCACAGCUUAAGACAUCAUCAGAAGACUGUGAGCAGGAGAAUCCAGCGGUGAAAUCUCUGCAGGAGAAAUUAUCCGCUGCCCAGCUGAAAAUGGCUGAAUACCGAAACCAGGUCCAAUCCCUCAAACAGGAGGUGAAAGUAGCUCAGAAGGUUUUAAUCAGUGAGGUUGGAGAGGAGGUCAACCUUCAGCAAUUACUGAGCUGCCCAGGGAGCUUCAGAGGUCGCGCUCAACAGAUACUGGUUCUUCAGACGAGGGUGCGGGACCUUGAGCAGCAGCUGAACCAAUCGAGUCAGCGCCGACAGCCGAGCGUCCUGAGUGAAGAGGACGAGUGUCUGGGCACGGGGGUCCUUCUGAAGACCCCUCCUCAAGAGAGGAACCUCAGCUACAUCCGCACCAUCGAGAAGGAGAAGAGGGAGGUGUUCGAGAGAAUCUCAGUGGAAUAUGAGAAGCUGCUGAAAGACCACGAGGACGUGAAGAAAAAGAUGGAAGCCUCGAAAGCCAGGAACAAAUCUCUGUCUGCUGAGAUGAAAACUCUGAAGGUCCAAGUUUCCACGCUACUAGAGAAGGGCAAACAUGAUAAUGAGCUUGUGGAUGCUUUGCUGAAGCAGCAGACCCAGAUGCAGGAGGUGCUGAGACGACUCAGCCAACAGCAGAACGAUCCGAGCAAGGAGCUCCAGCAGAGCCUGAGGCUCUUGCGGAGCAGCGAUCCUGCAGAGCACAACUCUCUCAUCCAGAACCUCAAGCAGAUAGUUGCUGAGAAAGAAGAGACAAUCAAAGAACUGCAGGAGGAGAUCCAGCAACUCUCUAUCCAGGAAGAGGGACAGUCCCGCCUCAAGACAAUUUGCAGUGCAGGCUUUCCGCCUGAAGAGGGAGACAUUAACAAGAGAAUAACGUCUUCAGGUUCACUUUCUAAAUUCGGUCAUAAACUGGUGCUGCCUACUGUGAAAAGUAGUUUAGAAUUCAAGGGUCCAGGUUCUUCAAAAUGUCCACAAUGUUCAGCCGAUGUUAGUGCGCUCAUGACACAGUGUAGUGAAUAUAAAACCCUCUGUGUGGAGAAGGACAGACUCUCUGAGCUGGUGAACGUCCUACAGACAAAAGAAAAAGAUUCGACCCAGAGGUGUACGGAGGCCGAGCACAAGUAUCAGGAGGAGCGCCGCAGGAUGGUGGUCCUGGAGCAGCAGCUGGAGAGGACGAAAUUAGAUUCAAAGUGAGGUCUGUGCAAGCAGCAAGGGUAGAACUCGUAUGGCAAGGCUCAAUUACAGCUUAUAUUUAAUACUCUGACAUAUAAAUUUCUUCUUUGGCUGUCAUGACGAUAAAGCUCAGGAUCAGUGUCUCUGAGCAUUAGGAUGGCAGGACUCUAUAAACAAUAGUAAGUGUCCAUAGACAAACACGCCUCCUAUGGACAACACUCACUCUAACCCUCACGUCUGGACGACACUGAGACGUCCACGUUGCUCUUAUUUUUUU